GAGUCUGCUCCGCUCCUCACAUAAGUGCUCGGCCACUCGGCAGGCGCCUUCAAAGCACGCACAAGAAAGCGGGGUCCAAAUGGCGAGCACCGGACGGCCACUAACGCUGAUGCUCCUCCGGCUUCUCCUCGCCGGACUCGCUCUCACACGAACCGCCGAGCCGCUGCGGGCCGAACGAGGAGGGGACGACGGGACGCCCGGAGGCGGCGAGGGCCACGCGGCAGGGACGCCAUGCGAGAUCAAGACCGUCACCGUCUCCACGUUGCCUGUGCUCCGGGAGAAUGAGUUUAGCUUCACCGGCGUGGCAACCUCGGGGAGUGCGGUUGGAACAGGAGGAGGAGGAGGAGGUGGUGCCUCCGGCGCAGGUGGCACCGCUGGAGGAGGACCAGGAGGAGGAGGUGGGGAAUCGCGACUCCUGUUAUUCGUCAGGACGGAUCUACCUGGGAGGAUUUCCGUCAUGGAUGAUCUUGACAACACGGCUCUUCCUUACUUCACACUCGAGAUGUCUGGAACGGAGGAGGACAUUUCUCAGGUGCACUGGAAGCAGCAGUGGUUGGAAAACGGGACGCUCUACUUCCACGUGUCCAUGACCGAAUCGGAGCUGGUGGCCCAAGCGACACAAGCCUCAGCACGGGAGCCUGCACACGUGCUGCACGAACACAUGCACCUGCUGCACAUCUCUGUUAUGGGAGGCCUCAUCGCCCUGCUCCUUCUCAUUCUCCUUUUCACUCUCGUCCUCUACACUCGCCACCGAUGGUGCAAGCGCCGCCGCGUCCCCCAGAAAAGCGCCAGCACGGAGGCCACACACGAGAUCCACUACAUCCCCUCGGUUCUGCUCGGACCCCAGGGGAGGGACACCUACAGGGGAUCGAGAGGAACUCACCAGCACGGCAGCUCCGUCAUCGGUAUGCCCAUCCGGGAGACGCCCAUCCUCGACGACUACGACUGCGACGAAGACGACCCGGUGGGACGCUCGUUGAACUCCACCCCCAACCAGCUGCACAACAAAGUGAGCGACGGGAAGAUCCAGGACGACUAUGGGGUCGGGAUCGGCUAUGGAGGACAUGCUGACAUCAAGGAGGAGGAGCUUAAGCAUAAUUUGGACAAACGAGCUAUUGACCCAAACAGAGAGGUGGUGGAGGAUUUGAUGCAGAGGUUCCAGGACAGUUUCCGCAUUCCGAAAACUUCGCCGGACAUUUCUCACUACCAGCACGUCGUCCACAGCUCAUCUACCGGCCGCCGGAGAGUCCCCAGCCACAACAGAGCAACCGGAGGCAUGUUUGGUCCUCAAGGAGAAUCAGGGUCAGAGCCCGAAGACGACAACCAAAUGAAGUUUUACACCGAGCAGCACAGAGGACGACGGCGCAGCAAAGGCCACCCACACAGUCCUCUAAAUAAGGUCACCCUGACAUUGAUUACCAUCAGCACCUGUGUCAUCGCCAUUGUCUAUGCCACGCAGGAUUCCUGCCCACUCACUGUCAAGGUCACGCUUCAUGUGCCCGAGCACUUUGUCGCAGAUGGAAGUAGUUUUGUGGUGGCCAUGGGUGGCCUCCUGGAUGUUUCCAACUGGUUGAACCCAGCCAAGCUCAUCCUGUACUAUCAGACCAAUUCGUCCACACAGUGGGUCCGAGAUUACUGCGGACAGAGGACCACCGACCCUUGCGAGCAGAUCUGCGACCAGGACACAGGAGAAUGCAGCUGUCAUGAAGGCUAUUCGCCAGAUCCUGCCCAUAAACACCUAUGUGUUCGCAGCGACUGGGGUCAGAAUGAAGGACCUUGGCCGUAUGCUAACUUGGAGAAAGGUUAUGACCUGGUUACCGGAGAGCAAGCCCCAGAAAGGAUCUUCAGAUCACUCUACAGUCUGGGUCAAGGCUUGUGGCUGCCCGUCAGCAAGAGCUUUGUGGUGCCGCCGGUGGAGCUGUCCAUCAACCCCAUCGCCAGCUGCAAGACCGACGUGCUGGUGAUUGAAGAUCCAGGGGAGGUCAGAGACGAAGCCAUGAUGUCCACGUAUUUCGAGACUGUCGAGGACCUCCUGGCAUCUUUUGGGCCGGUCCGUGACUGCUCCAAAGACAACGGCAACUGCAAGAAAAAUUUCAAGUGUGUGUCGGACCGCUUGUUGGACUCAUCUGGCUGCGUGUGUCCUAGUGGGCUAAGGCCGAUGAAGGAUGGCUCCGGUUGCUAUGACUACUCCAGGGGCAUCGACUGCACGGAUGGCUUCAACGGAGGCUGCGAGCAGCUGUGUCACCAGCAGCUUGUACCUCUCGAAGACGAGCCCGGAUCCAGCAAUGUCCUCAUGUACUGCGGGUGUGUGCAGGAGUACAAACUGGCAGCAGAUGGGCGCUCCUGUCUUCUGCAGUCCGACAACUGCGAGGGACCCAAAUGUCCGCGGAAGGCCGCUCACUUCAACGGCACCUUGUUCGGAGAGAUGCUGCAUGGAUACGACAACAAAAGCCAUCAGGUCAACCUGGGACAGAUUUUCCAGAUGACCUUCAGAGAUAACAACUUCAUUAAGGACUUCCCCCAGUUAGCCGACGGCCUCAUGGUUCUCCCUCUGCCAGUGGAGGAACAAUGCAGAGGCGUGUUGUCUGAACCGCUGCCAAACCUGGAGCUCCUAACAGGCGAUGCUAAGUACAACGAAGCAGCAGGCUAUCCAAUGGUUCAACAGUGGCGAGUGCGAAGCAAUCUGUACAAAGUCAAACUCAGUUCCAUCACUUUGGCUUCAGGUUUUGCGAAGGUUCUUAAGACACUUUCUGGGCAGAGCACGCGGGAGGAGCUGCUGGCCUUCCUCCAGCAAUAUGGCAGCCACUACAUGUCGGAGGCGCUGUACGGCUCUGAGCUCAACUGCAGCAUCUACUUCCCCAGCAAGAAGGCCCAGCAGCAGCUCUGGCUUCAGUAUCAGAAAGAGGCGACAGACCAAGGGGUUGGCGGAAUUGGCAGUGGGCGUCACGAGCUGAAGUCGGUGCCCUUCAUCAGCUACCUGUCAGCGCUGCAGAAGACCCAGCUGUUGUCUGACGAUGUGGUGAACGGCGUGGAGAUCAGCUGCGAGGAGAAGGGCAGCUGUCCGGCCGGAUGCCACCUGUGCCACCACCAGACCGCUACUGUGGGGUCGGCGUCAGGGAGAAGCCGGGGCAAUAACGGCAGAGGCGGCGAGCAGCCUUCGCCCAUCCCUGUUCUGUUGGAAGUCAGCCGUGUGGUUCCCCUCUACGGCCUGGUGCAGGACAACAUCACCAAAGAGGCCUUCAAGAGCGCCACGAUGAGCUCAUACUGGUGUGCCGGAAAGGGCGACGUCAUUGAUAACUGGUGUCGCUGUGACCUGAGUGCCUUCAGCAGAGACGGCCUGCCUAACUGCAGUCCCCUCAGGCAGCCGGUUUUACGCCUGGCCCCGUACCUGGAGCCGUCUAGCACAAUGGUAGCCCUGGAGUGGUUGGAUGUGGAGCCACUGAUCGGAGGAAAAGUUUCUGACUACAUCAUCCAGCAUAAACGCGUGGAGGACCCAUCAGAGGCUGAGGUCUACACAGGUGAAGUGUUGAGCUUGCUGGAUGAUCUCUUCUCCGGUUUGGGUUCAUCCUGUGUCGUGCCCGGGAAGAGGAGUGGCGAACAUCCCCACACUCUGCUUUAUUCCGUCGUAUUCAAGUGCCUGGAGCCUGACAGUCUCUACAAGUUCACUCUCUAUGCAGUGGAUAGCCGGGGCAGUCACUCAGAAUCCAGCUACGUCUCCGUACGGACGUCCUGCCCGAUGGUGGAUGACAGCCGAGCUGAAGAAAUAGCAGACAAAGUGUACAACUUGUACAACGGCUACACGAGUGGUAAGGAGCAACAGAUGGCCUACAACACCUUGAUGGAAAUCCCUCCGCCUCUGCUCUACCGAGUCCAGCACCACUACAAUUCCCUCUAUGAGAAGUUUGGAGACUUCGUCUGGCGCAGCGAGGACGAGCUGGGCCCCAGAAAGGCCAACCUGAUCCUCCGCAGGGUGGACAAGAUCAGUCACUACUGCCGCUCCCUCCUGCGUAGCACCCACAUCCAGAGCCGCACCGACACCAUGGCGUACGUCUACUGCCGCAGCGACGAGGGUCGACCGUCGGGCGGGACGUGGCGCAGCUCACUGCACGAGGGACGCACCUCCUGCACGGAGAAGCUCAUUUCUGUACAGCGCAACACGUACAGCAGCACUAAACUGCGAUGAAACGCUAGAACGGGAGACGUGCUGCACGCCGGGACAUCAUUGACUGCAGCAGACGUCUCUGGUCGAACAUGACGGACCGUAUGUGUGACUUGCUUUUAUUUGUAAGAUCGCAGAAGAAAACAUCAAGAACGCUUAAAACACGAGAACGUGUAAGAUAGUCUUCAACCAAAAGGUAAAAUAGUUGGUUUAAAUACUUUGAAUGUAACUUUGUGGUUCUUUUGUUGGUGCUUUUACCUGAAGUACCUAAAGAAAAAAGAGAAAAAAACAUUUUUACAAGAAAUGAAGCUGUGUUAAAGCCAUGCACAACACUAUUUGUGUUUAGGAAUCUCUUGAAAAAAGAGUCCAGACUUCCUCCACUUCUCCAGAUUUUGUCUUUGAAAUUGUUGCGUCUUUCACGCAGAAAUUUAAGCAAGGUUUGAAGGAAUUGGAGAGAAAAAAAAAGGGAAAUUCUGCAAACUAGCAAACAGUACGGGACACAUAACGUUGGCGGUGGUACAUUAUUUCUUCGGAAACUAGGAUUGUCGUUUCUGCUCUCGUUGAUGUGGUUGCAGGGGGCACAUUAAAGGUUUUGGACUUCAUGUAGCUUUCAUAAACAUAGUUUCCAGGUAAAAGAUACACCCCCUCUUUGGGUUCAUAUGGCUAAUGCACAUGCGCGAUGUACGUGUCAUAGCAUUUAUCAUAAAAGUCCUUUUGGCAGUUAUUCGUGAUAACCGUCAACUUUCAUAAUAGAAAUAAACGGGAAAUAUAAACCUGGAAAUAAACCACAAAAAAGGGAAGCUGUGAUAAUGCAGUGGCGGCCGUGGAUUUUCAACCAUUUAGGGUUUCAAUUUGCAAAAAAUAGGAUUCUCCAGUUGAGAUGGCGGACAUGAGAGCUUUUGGAUUUUAUGCAGCAAUCAUAAAGAUGUGCUUUCCAGGGUGUUUGUGUUCAUGUAGAAAAUGGUUGUUUUUACCGCUGCAAAAGGCUUUUAGGUCCAUUUUUAUGGUUGGGAAUGUGACAAACAAAAUACAGCAAGGAGAUGAUUCAUGAAUUGAAAUCAUCCCCACAAAGGAAUUUUUUGUUCAUUGAUUUGUUUGCGUCAAUGUUUAAUGUUGAUUGUCGUCAGCAGUGACCGCACAGUCACCGCAGCUGAGCCUCUUCGCAAGAGAAUUUAGUAGGAUUUUGUACAAAAAUGCAUUGUAAUUAGUAGAAAAGCAGAUUUACUAGAAUUGCAUUCAGUCAUGUGAUGAGUUAUGUAUUUAUUUUUUGACAUUUUUUUUUAUUUUAUUUGUUUUACAGUGAUUUUAGAAGUUUACUUUUUUUUUUUUUUUU